UAUCAGUCGAGGCAGCUGGGCUGGACUCAUUAUGACGGCCUUUGUAACUACUGUUGACCUGAGAGGCUGAGCCGCGGGCCCUCGCGCAGCCCAUUGUCUCUUCCGCAUUGAAGCACUGAAUGACUCUAUUGCAUCAUGUCAUCGACUAGCUCUAAGACUGGGUGCUCAUGGUGGUCGGACUGCGGCUCCUAUAAAGCCUGGAGCACAAUCUCGAUCAGAAGCAAUCCCCAGAAGCUAGCUGCCUCCAUCCGCAUUCAAGCCACUCAACAACUCCCCAGCUCUCCCAACAGCUCCCAAUUGCAUUCGUCCCAGCUUGGAUCUCUGCCAACCUUGCUCAACAAAGCCCUCUACUUGUUCCGGCACCCUUUUCCGGAAAACAUGGCUGCAAUCUGCGCUGCUCAUUCCUCCGGGAAGAAGGCACCACUGAGCGCGCGUCCCUGCAAGCAAGGCAGUGACGUCACACGGGCUGCUGCGACGUGCAUAUGGACUCCUGGGCCAGCUGUCCAGCCCCAUCUCGCCGAGAAGCCCGCUGACGUCAGCGUGCCGCUGGGCAGCUGCCAAGAGGAGGAGAACGCGGCCGCGGCGCGCAUCGUCAUCUCCGACGAUCUUGUGGCGCGCGCGCGCGCGCAGGUCAAGUUUCUGGCAGCUGUCGAGGGCGCGAACCAGCUGCACGCGCCCGAGAACGCGCUCAAGAUCGUCAGAAGAUACGCUCGCUUCUGGCUGCCUCUGCUGGCCAAGCACGGCGAGAGCGCGGAGCUGAUGCCCCCCCUUGACGUCGAGUGGGCCUGGCACUGCCAUCUGCUCAAUCCCCUCGCCUACCGUGCGGAGUGCGAGCAACUAGCUGGGCGGGUUUUGGACCACUCCGUGAUCAAGGACAAGGCCCUGGCGCUCGGCACCGCCAUGUCGUUGUGGGCGUCCGAAUAUCCGGGCGAGCCGUGGGCGCUGUCCGACGCGUCCGAGCCGGCGAACCGAAAGGAGCUGUCCGCGAUUGAGUCCUACGUUCUUGCAGCCAUGGCCAGGCAGAAGAUGUUUUACGGCGAGGUCUGCGCAAACGAGCCGAGAAUCAACGAAACGGCGUACCUGGAGAACGCUCUGCAGCGUUACCGCAAGUUCUUGCACCUGGCUCACAAGACUCGCGACACCGGCAUGUCCAUCAUCCCCACCCGCGACGUCGAUCUCAUGUGGCAUGCCCAUCAACGGUCACCGCUGGCUUAUGCGGCUGACUGCAUCCGUCUGAUGGGCGACGUCAUCGGCCACGACGACACCUACGAACCGGAAGCCGACGACUUCGAGGCCUUCUUCGCCGUUGCUGGCGUCUGGCAGGCCGUUUACGGUGACGUGUACGACACGUCAGCCGCCGAGGGCGCUGAGGCGCCGGACGCGGUGGCCUGCAAAGGCCGAUGCCUUUUCUACGCGCUCCGCUCAGACGCCUUACACAUCUCCAUGAAGAAGCCACGCGCUACGGCCUGCCGCUGCCAGGGGCUGUACGCGACUGACGUCAGCCCUAAGCAUGCGGCCGUUCCCUCCAACCAGAAGCCGAGCGCCCAAGUCUGCCGCAUAAACCAUUGCUUGGCUCAGGUCAUCCAGAACCCUGCGGCCGUCCCCUGCCGCGAAGCCGGCCGCGCCAACGCCGCCUCUUCGAAGAAGCGGCCGGCCGCGUUCCCGUGCGGAAGCAGCCCCUCUGCCGAGGACGCGAAGCCGCGGCCGCGCCGCGCCGUGUACAAGUAUCAUCACGCACACGAGGCGGCGGCAAACGCGGAGGCUCCAGGACUUGAGCCAUGUUACCUGGAGAAGACCAUGGUGUGUUAAAAUUGCGCAUGCCAAAUUAAGCAGGCUCGAUUCGUGUGAGAUUGUGUGGGUUUAAGAGUAUGUAAGAUGAUAAGUGGGUGUGUUUGUGAGCGUAGUAGAAUAUGAGGGUACUAUGGAAGCACUCUGGAUCCGGAGCACUCUCCUCAUGCUGCUCACAUGAGGACUACAGUUUCGUUGUUUUGGUGGGUUCGGUACAGCAACUCUUUCCUUCAGUUACUGCUAAGAGGGUAGAAAUCAUAGGUCAAUCCUUUAGGCACAAAAUGACACUGAACAUUUCGAGUAAGACCAUCCACUUAAACAGAAUCCACCACAAUAGAAACUUAGUAGACGUUGACGAAGGCCCAUCCGUACGCUUGUUUGGUGCGAAGCUCUCGACCUUGUAGAUUCGAAUCUUAAUCACUCACUCUCAUUUAAUGCUGUUACGACUCAAAGUGUACGCCCAACUCAUGAGAGUAUGCA